UAAACUUUCAUGGAAGCAUGGAGCUACUUGAACGCGCGCAAUCACUUUUACAGGAAUGCAAUGACAUCAUUGCUAGUCUUGAAGCAUGGAAGACAGCUAAUGCAUCCCUCGAAGUAGAUGGCAUCCAAAAGAUGACUUCGGCACUCUUGUCGGAGCAAAAGUUCUUGAGGAAGGUGGCUGCAACGCCUGCGGAAGAAAUCAAAAGUGUCCAGUUGACAUCCUCAAACGUGCCUUAUCUAAAGUCUCUUGUAUGGGCGCUUAUUCAAAGUAAAAACCCUGUUGCUGUCCGGAAAGUCUUCACCUAUAAACUCGAUCCCUUUACGGUCAUCGAACCAUCUGAAAAGUUCAAACCUCUUCCGGUCAAUCAGAGUCAAGGAGCAUCAUCAAAGAAAACAGGAGCUAAAUACGGCAAUGACAAUGAAAAUGACAAUGACAAUGGCAAUGACAAUCCGGGUGGAGAGAGCAAAGGAGGAAGAGCAAGAGGAAAAGAAAGAGGGACCUCUAUCUUGCCCCUUAUAACCUCUCAGCCAUUGUCAACAGCUUUUGUAAAUGAACAAGUGUUCCAGGUUAAAGUUGAUGUCGUAACAGAUCAUGGCAAGAGUUGGUUACGGAUCAAUGCUGGAAGCGUUUGGAGCCUCGCACACGAGUUUGCUGGCAUGGAAGAUGAGAGUGAUGAAGAAGAAGAAGAAGAAGAAGAUGAUGAUGAUGAUGAUGAAAAAGAAGAGGAAGAGAAAGAGAAAGAGAAAGAGAAAGAGAAAGAGGAAACAGGUGGAGAGGGUAAGAAUGACUUUGAAGGAGAUGACAAAAGCAAUCGUGGCCUAGUAUGGGCUCGUGCAAGCACUAGAAAGCCUAUUCAUGUCAGCAAGGAUACACACCCAGAUAUGACAUUAUUGACCAGGAGCCUCGUCCUUGCUGCGGAUCAGAACCGACUCCAUUAUAAUCAUAUCCCGAGUCUAACCCUUCGAUUUGCAGGGGUACAACCAGAUGAAAGUCCAGCUCUUGAAGCCAUGAUCCAUAGAUCCGUCCGCGUAGGCAGGGUCGCGCAAUCCGUUUCUGAAGGCACAUACAGGAUAUUCCCAGUCCAGACUAUUUUUGGUCCGAUCGAACCCUCCAGGUCCACUCCUGAAGAGGCUAGUCAAUUCCUAUCGGGAACUCCUCUCGAUCCGAGCUUUGCACCCUUCUCUAUCCCAAGUUCUGUGGAUGAUAUGGUGCUUUUUACAAAGACAUUGCAUCUCGAUAUCACCACACUGAUGGCCCUGAGUAGUUUUUUAUGUCAUACGAUCCGACCGAAUCCGAAAUUAUUUACUUCGCCACCAUUGGUCCUUCAGGCACAACAGGAACAUGAUCAACCGUUAUUACCGCUUUUGGCCAAAAUUUUUGAAGGUCGAGACCGCCUUGUGAUGUCAAGGGCAGCUGUAACACGAUUCAAAUCGAUUUUAAAUGUCAUUGGUGGACCUGAGGAGAAAUGGCGUGGAAAGGUCAUGUUUCAUGAUCCUUUGAAAAAAAGGAGUUCCUUUGAAGCGGAUGAAACUAUAGAAAACAAAGAGACUAUCAGAGAACGAUGGGUUCGUGGAUCGGAUUGGGCACAACAAUAUGGGGUCUUUGCUACUGGUCCCCCUCGGAUUGAAGUGAUUGAAGACAUUCUUGGCCCUGAUCAAAAUCAACAAGAACUGGUAUCAGAGUCAGAGUUAGGAGAAGAAGCAGAAGCAGUAGCGGGAGCCGAGUUGGAGCAAGAACAAGAACAAGAACAAGAACAAGAUCAGACAAACUCGAAUACCCCUACAGGUGUUAACCGAAGAGAGUUAAAUAUGACACAACUUCAUACACGGAUCUUCGCGACAGGCUACUAUGGACGGUUGACAACGAUUACUGCUAAUCAAGUUGGAUACCGAGCAGUUAUUCAAAAGGGCUAUCUCCCUGGUGAUAUCAGUGUUUGGUACCAUUCACCUCGAUCCCUUGCAGAAGCCAAGCUGCCAGUAAGAACAGAGAUCCCUAUCCGACUUACUCCAACUAUAGACCUCUAGAUGCAAAUAUCCUAUAAAUGCUAAAAAGCCA